GGGAGUUUGAGUCGGUCGGAGGAGGACGACAAAAGCUGCACCUCUGCAUGCCAUGCUAUUUCACUCUCACUCACUCCAAGUCGGAUCGGGUCAGGUGAAAGUAGCUGGUGAAAGUGAGUGGAGGAAACCUGCUGGUCUCAUCAAUUUCCAGACUUUGGCGAGAUUUUGAGGGACAGCAUCACUCUCGUGUCGUGUCGCAGGCAUUUCUCGGGUUUUGAAAUCAAAGUCACACACGAGAAACUGAUAUCAGCUGAAGAGGAAGGGAAACUCGGAGAGAUUUGGUCACUAUAGUCGUCGUUACGAUAAGCCAGAUCAUGGCUCCGACACGCCCUGAACCAUUUUGGGGCACACCCACCUCUACCCUCGACUGGUGCGAGAUCAACUACGAAGUCAGCCCCUUCAUCGCGGAAUUUUGGAACACGCUAAGCAAUCUGGGAAUGAUCAUACCACCGCUGAUCGGAAUCUAUCAAAUUAUGCGACACGGUUUAGAGAGAAAAUUUGUUCUGACGAUGGCGUCCAUUAUGUUGGUCGGUGUGGGCUCGUGGGCCUUCCACAUGACGCUUAGGUACUCAAUGCAACUCCUCGACGAGCUCCCAAUGGUUUUGGGAAACACAGUGCUCAUCUACCAACUCUCAGAAAUUCGAAAGUCGGCAAAGCGAGAUAUAAAUUGGUCCAUGAUUGUCCUAUGUGCCGCAUAUUUCGUAAUCUUUUGUGGUCUCUAUUUGUCCCUGAAGAAUCCAGUGAUUCAUCAGGUCAUGUACGGUAUGGGAGUCCUAGUCGUGUUAUCCCUGGAUUUACGAUUGGUCAAUUUCAAUCAAUGCAGAACCUGCACCAAAUUACUGUCUGCUGGAUUUUUCCUGUACACAUUUGGUUUUGGAGUUUGGAACAUUGAUAACCAACUCUGUUCUCAGAUCACUGAACUCCGAAGUCAACUGCCAACAUCGCUUCGACCUUUGACCCAGCUGCACGCAUGGUGGCACCUUCUCGCGGGUUAUGCCACGUUUAUCCAUUCCUUAUUUAUCAUUCACGCACGCGGACACUUUUUCAAGCCGAGAGUCAAAAUCGUUCCAAAGUGGUUUGGCAUGUCGGUCGAACCGAAUUAUCGUGUUGACUGAUAUUUCGAAAAGACAGAGUCCACUUCAAAUCCUCCUACGUUUGAAACGUCAUGACAUUUUGCAUUGCUUAAUCAUCAUCAUGCCGAACAACAACGACGACUUAUAUGAAAUAUUGGAAUGAUGAACCACGAGCUAUUAUUAUCAUCACACAAGUUAGUACAAGGAAACAAACGCACUAUGUAUGUGUUAGAGGGUGAGAAAUAAAGUAAAGAAUGCUUAAGCUCUUCAAAUUCAGAUAAGUAAAUAUGAGAAAAGCCAUCAGAACUCAGAAUGGAGGUCUCCCAGCGUAUGCUCCCAGAUUUUGAGCAAAAUAGUGUCAAUUGGUCACAAAUUUAAUUAGUAUGAAAUUUGCGGAAGACACGACCUCCCAAUGGGCACGUUUGGCAGAGACAUUUGCAUCCGAAGAAGAGAAAAUGCUCAAUAUCCUUGGAAACAGUCCAGAAUACCAAGCUGGCUCAUACGCCUCCUUGCUAAAUACCUUCAAUGUAUUAGACUUUCGGGCCGGUUAAAAUUCUAGAUGCCCAUAGGGACUUAAUUAAUUGUUUACGGUAUUUGGGCUAGAAUUCAAAAUUUAGGCAUUUUUUACCUUCCUAUGCAUGACAAAACGUCGAAUGUCGAAAAAACUGAGUUUUUUAUAAAUAGGAAGGGCAGAAAUUCUUAAAUUUUGAAUUUUAGGCCAAUCGACCAACUCUAAAUGGGGCGGCCUUAGCAUGGCGAAAAACAGGUCAAAUAUCGAAAAAACUUGUUGUGUCAUGCAUAGGAAGGUAAAAAAUGCUUAAAUUUUGAAUUCUAGCCCAAAUACCGUUAAAACUAAAUUAAGUCCCUAUGGGCAUCUAGAAUUUUAACCGGCCCGAAAGUCUAAUACAUUGAAGGUAUGUAACAAGGAGGCGUAUGAGCCAGCUUGGUAUUCUGGACUGCUUGGAAAGUGCAAAAUUUGCCAACUUUUAGACGCAUUUUCUCCUCUUCAGAUGCAAAUGUCUCUGCCAAACGUGACCAUUGGGAAAUCGCGUCUUUUGCAAAUUUCAUAUUAAUUAAAUUUGCGAUCGAUUGGCAGUGCGAAUCGAGCAUACGCUCGGAGACCUCCAUUGUUUGUACUUCAAAGGGCGAUGCAAAAAAUGAAAGCACAAAAUGCGGAGCAAGUCGCAAACACCACUGUUUUGAUUCAGCUUAUUGAAAAAUUUCAUAAAAUUUCGUCGGCUCAACGAAUUUUAAUUUAAUGGAAAACUUUGGCAUUCUUUAUUGCUCACCCUCUAAAUAUAUGUGACACAUAACAUAUUCAAUAUCAUCAAAGAAUAAGGAUAAGAUCAAUCAAAGAAUUUGCAAUAUAGAAAACAAAAAAAUAACUAAAAUAACUCGAUUCAUAUCGAAAAUGGCAAUAAUACUUAAAUCGAAAAUUAUACUGUAGAAUCAUUUAAAAUUGUCCGUUUUGACGACAAUUUUUGCGUGUAUCGAGUUAGCAGCUCUGGCAAAUACUUACACAACUAUGAAUUAAUUAAUGACGCUUCUCUAGAUGCAUACACUAGUUUUGUAGGCAGAAAUUUAUAAAGAUAAAGUGAUAAAUUAAAUAAGUUAGUUUUAAGGAAUUUUAGAAUUAUGCAAAAUAUACGUAUAAAUAACCAUUCAUCAUAUCCGUGUCAUAACGUAAUUCACUGUCCAACGUACAUAAAUUGUCGGGUUGUAUAAAUCCACACCCACAAAGUGAGAGUAUAAUUGUGAUGAUCAUUAAAGUAUUACUACUUAGAUAAGUAUAAAAUGAUAAGGUAAAUUUAAGAAUUGUUUUCCCGUUUUAAGUUCGCAUUUUGAUUAAGUAUACUUAAAUUUAAGUAAAAAAAACUGUUGCAUUUGUCUAAUGUUAACGGGGAGAGCUCAAAAUAAUGACAUUCAGUAGUCGCAUUAAAAACCUAAUGACGAUUUGCUAAGGCCAAUAAAUGUUUGGACUGGGUAAAGUAAGUCGUAUACAAACUAAAUAUUUGUAACCACCGAUAAGACUAGAUAAGCACGCUAGCUUUAACAUUUUCCACUUAAAAUGUGUACAUAUGUCGCAUACAUAUUUAUUAUUCUGACAAUAGUGGAUGCCAAAUCGAGGUGUUUUUGUACGUACGCCAUUAUUAUUUGCGUAGGUAAUACAUAUAAUUGUUUGUUCAUAAAAAUGUUCUAGUCUAAUUUUUACCGUUCAAUGUUUGUUUAUUUGUUAAUGUCGGGGUCGACCUGACUCAUCGCUAAAAGCACAUUUUUUGGGAAUUUAUUUUAAAAUUCUGGACGACAAAUUUGUAGAGCAGGUCGUUCCCAAUCUUUUAAGAAUAUACACUCCAGAUUUUGACACUUUUUGAAGGAGGAGAUCUCAAGCUUAAGAAGCCUUCAGAAAAAUUGGAACUCGUCGAAACUAGCUUAAAAAACUCACAGCCAUUUCAUUAAUCAACUUACUGACUAAAAAUUUGUCGUCCAGAAUUUUAAAAUAGAUUUCCAGAAAUGAUUAAAAAUGUGUGGAUUUUGGUGAAGAGUCACCGAGUCCUACGUUAAAAAGCGAAAUGUAGAAUGACCACGAAAUGAAAUGUGUUUGUUGCAGGGUAUUUCAAAGAACAAUCCAUCAAAGGUAUAAAUACAUCUCAGAACUCAAUAUCAAAAAAAUCAAACCAUGUUGUACGAAUACAAAGACAGUUUUUAAAGAAAAUUUCGGUUUUAUAAUACAUACGUUUGUUACAGUAAUAAAAUAAUGCUGAUGAGUUUA